AGUACGUACUGGAAAUCUCACGGCAUAAUAGCAUUCCGGCUCACUAGAGGACUUACAAUUUCACAGGCGGCAGCACUCACCACAAACUAAACAAGAUGCCGAAGCUUUCACAAGACGAAAUCGACGACCUGAAGGAUGUUUUCGAACUUUUUGACUUCUGGGAUGGUCGCGACGGAGCUGUCGAUGCCUUCAAGCUCGGCGAUGUGUGCAGGUGUUUGGGAAUCAACCCCAGGAAUGAGGAUGUAUUCGCCGUAGGAGGCACACACAAAAUGGGCGAGAAGUCCCUUCCCUUCGAAGAAUUCCUCCCCGCCUACGAGGGUCUCAUGGAUUGUGAACAGGGAACAUUUGCCGACUACAUGGAGGCUUUCAAGACUUUCGACAGGGAAGGACAGGGAUUCAUCUCCGGAGCCGAACUUAGGCACGUCCUCACCGCUUUGGGUGAGAAAUUGUCAGAUGAGGACGUUGACGAGAUCAUCAGACUGACAGACUUACAGGAAGAUUUGGAAGGAAACGUGAAAUACGAAGACUUCGUGAAGAAAGUGAUGGCCGGUCCAUACCCAGACAAAUAAGCGAUUGCCGCAUUCGAAAUUUUAAUGUGAAGCCGUUUCCAAGAGUAAAAUUGACAUUUUUUGUAAAAAGAAAUUUCGUUUCAUCGAUCAGUCAAAAGUUCAAGGGUAGGUCUUACAAAAUGCUGCCAGCUUCCGAGUCAUCCAAAUGCUUAAAAACAUCAAACAACAAGAAUAGAAAAAGAAAAUGCCGUCAGCUUUCAGUGCCAGAAAUAAGAUCAAAUAUUAACAACAGUAUGUACACAGCAUCCCCGUAUUUUGUAAGACUUUCCCUUCACUCAACAUCAAUUUUGCCGUGUUAAUUAUGUUACAAAUUUAAAUGUUAUUAAUUUAUAUUGCAUUUAUAUAUAUAUCAACCUUUAACCGGUACCGGUUAGACAUCACUUCCGGGUCACGUGGCCCGAUUUUGUACAGUAUGUUAAGGUUGUUUGUAAAGAAUGAAUGAGGUUGAGGACUAUGUGAACAGGAUAUUCCCUUUUGCAGCCUCGAAGUGUGAACUAGUGCAAUAUUUACUAUUUUCCCAAAUAAAAUGUUUCUUCCUAUGACCGUUUUCUGUUGAUACCUCUCACAUUAUUUGUACAUAUUAUAUGUAUAAUUUUGUGGCAUAAAAACCUCAUUUUAAGGUGAAAACCUAGUAGAAUAGAUUUACCUUUAUUUAUAUAUAGACUUUGUACGCAGUCCACACUUCCAAAACUUUCAUUAAGUAGUCUUUUCUUCAAUCUACAGAAAAUGUCGGUGAUCUAUUCAGGAAAUGUGACUUAACCACCGGGAAGAAUAGGAAAACAACAACUAAUAAAAUAACUUCCUGUCCCAAUGAA